AUGGCCACCGCCGAGAAACCGACUGGUAACACGGUCUUCAUGGGCAUCGACUUCGGCACCACGUACUGCGGUGUCGGCUUUACCUGGUCCGACAAGAUCGAGCGGAUUGGCAGUGAUCGCGAGCUGGGACUCGGAGCUGCACUCAACCUCGCACGAGAAAAAGGCCUCGACAGCCAUAUCAUUCGGGCCCCCAAGAACGAAGUGAACAAGGGCUAUUCGAUUCCGUUCGAUGCCGAGCAGGUGAACUGGUUCAAGCUCCUGUUGGUCGACAAGAAGGACCUGUGGAGCGACGUGCGGGAGCCGACCAAGAUCAAGGAGGCCCGCGCUUAA